AGAGAAAGCCUACAUUCGAGUCAGUUUACGUUGAUGGUUGCUCGAGGUAACUACGGUACACAGUUGUCUGCUGUGUGAUUGAAAAAGAACGGUUGUUAAUACGUCAAGUGUGAAGUGGUGGGAAAGUUUUGAAGUCAUUGAAGUUAUAACAAUAGCAAUGAAGCGUAAUAAGUUGUUCCUUGUCAUGAUCAUCGGUAUCAUUAUCUGUGGUGACGUGGCGUCUGGGAAGAAGUCACGAACUCGCCUAUCUCGACCUUCGUCUCGGACAACACCAAGACCACGAACAACAACCACCCACCGUAAUAAUCAUGAUGUAGAUCCGAACAGAAUUGGCUGGGCAAUCCCAGAAGCAAAUUCUCGCAAUAAACCAAACAGUGGUAAUCUACCGCCAAAACCAUCGGCCCCACUACCAGAUCAAAAUGUUGCUAUGAAGUCCAACGCACCAUCCUUACAGUCAGGUUAUCCUGGGCAAUCUCAACAAAAUUCAUAUCACGGGCAGCACCAGCCAGUCGGUCAAGGUUAUAAUCCAGCAGUUGGGCAACAGUAUAAUCACCCAUUCAAUACGCCUGCUGGAGCAACAUACCAGCAACCUCCUAGCCAGUCGUACAAUCCAUCAGUUGGGCAACCUUACCAUCAAACUGCUGGUCAGCCUUAUAAUCCUUCAUUCGGUCAGAAUUACCAUCAACCCGUCGGCCAACCGUAUAACCCGUCAGUUGGUCAACCCUACCAUCAACCUGUUGGUCAACCAUACAACCCACCAGUUGGACAAACUGUGAUUUUAGCACCAGCUCAAGUACCAUCGUCAAAUCGCGGAUUAGGCCAAAUCGCUAAAGAGGCUGUAGUGUUUGCCGGGGUGAGCGCAGGUGUAAAUGCUGCAGUAAACAGAUUGCUUCCAGGCGGCUCUCGUGGCGGAGGAACCAAUACUCAAAUAACAUAUAAUAAUUAUUAUAAUAAUCAAACUGACAGUCAAGGAAACCCUGUGCCACCACCGACUACAGAAGAUUCUGGUAGUACGGCUAAGCCAGCAGAAGGCUCAAGCUCUGCUCCUGGAAAUGCUAUGGGGCUGCAAGUUGCAGGAAACCCGGAAAGCAAGAACGUUCAAACCAAUCCUGUUCCCGAUGCACCGCUGGGUGUUGUACCAUUAAAUAUGAACGCCUCAGGGACUGAUUUAGGAUCCAGUGCCUCCUUAGCUCCAGCUUCAGGAAAUCCUAUCGCUCCACCAACGCAGACAAAUUUAGUGUCUAACGAGGAGCUAAUGCGGUUAUCAGAAGAACUUUUUGAAGCUGACGCCAAUAACGCAUUCAAAUAUAUUACUUUAAAGCUGCAAGGUCAAAAAACUGAUGACAGCAUAACAGACAGCGCAAUGGAAUCUUUGCUGACGGUCCAGCCUGAGGGAUUACAAAUUCCGACGAUUGCUUUGGUGCGCUCUGUUUACGACAAAUACGAAUUGGAUUCCGGAGUACCUGAAAAAAUAACCCCAGAAAGACGAGAUGGAGAAAUGAAUGUGAUAAAUGAGUUUCUGAAAACACAAGUAAUGUCAAAGGCCAUGAAAUUUAUCGCGAGUAAAGGUUUGAUACCCAAUGAUGAGUACGAAUUUAAAGAUGCGUUAAAAAGGAUUUGGUUUUCUCAAUAUGCCCGUGAAAAUAACAUAAUAUCAACCAGCGGUUUUGAAAACGUAUUCUUGGCCGAAAAAUUUCAAACGGAAAUCACUGGGUUACACAAUUGGAUUUACUUCAACGAGCAGGAGUCUGCUGGCAAAGCAAAUUAUUUGGGAUACAUUAGAGAAGCUAAACUUGGAAACAAUGCUGUAAUCAUCAAAUUACGGGCAACUCUAAACGACAUCGUAAGACCGGUCACAACGAUUUUCGUUGGCACUUCACCUGAAUUAGAAAUGGCUCUGUAUACGAUUUGCUUUUUUGUUCGCCCAAAUGGUGCGUGCCCCGUAUCACUAGGAUCUACACCGUUUACAAUAUUCACGAACAAAAUAAGUUACUUCGGCAAAGAAACUCUUUUUUCGGCUUAUCCAGAAAUAUAAGUUUUGCAGCAACUACUUGGGAAGUUCGAUUUUCGAAACCCGUGCAGCCUGUAGUGCCCUAAUGCCAAACAGUGCGGAAGGGGACUGUUAGUGCACGUGCACAACUAAAAUGCUCUACUUUCCACACUGGGCUUUCUUUAGUUCAUGCGUACAUUCCAAUCACUCAAUUUUACGCACUAUGUUAUUGAGUGUAAGUUACCUAAUCUCCAUUGUACGCAUUGUCAGUGGCACACUCAAUGCGUUUUGAAAUCAAACUUUCCGCGCGGGUGCUGCAAAAAUAUCGUAUGUGACACGUGGGGAUAGGCGAUAUCUGACUGGUGUGAUCACAGCAUUUGCUUGUAGGUUAUGUCGCAGGCUACACUUGUUCAGAUGUUACCCAUUUUCUGCAUUUGCCACACAAUAUACUAUUUUAUAACUAUUUUUUAAAUUUAUUAAUUUCCAAGAGUGUACCACCGUGUAAGUGUACACGGUAUAUUUGCUCUAGGCAAAUAUAGCUGAGGCAAAAAUAAAUGCAAGAACAAAUGUUUUACAAAACUUGAAGGGUUUCAAGGUGUUAUAAGUGAGUUGUACUCAGUUUAUAUAUUUGUUAUCUCUGUUUAUUGUAUUUGGUAGAAAGAAACGGUUAUCAGGCUAUACAUUUUACAUCUAUUGUCCUAUCUCUACAUUUAUAUCCUCGCGCCCAGGUUGCCGCGGUAAAGCUAGCUUUUUAACCUAGUGCCGGCAUCUGCCUUUAAGAAAGAUGGUGCUGACAUGGGUUGUCUUAUGGAUUGUGCCAUUUUCCAGAUUUUGCAGGCAACGUCUUAUUUUAGAUAUGGAACACGUAUUUUGGAUAUCAGCAGUUAUUAGUAAGAUCAAUGCUUUCACCUUAGCCUCCAUACUUAUUCGUUGUCCCUUAUUCUAAUGGAAAAGUUUGUUAUCGUAACUUGUGCUCUGAAGCGAGUUUUUGAAGAACUAACGUCAAAACUAAACUCGCUAAAGACCGUUCGGGCUCACGAUAGUCGUGGAACACGUGGAUCAUUGUAGUACUAUAGACGUAGAAACGAUUAUUAGAUAUUUCAUUUACGAUUCUAUUAUUAGUACUCCACCUCUUCGUCUCCUGUUUGUUCAAUCAGGCUCUUGUUUUCGAAGGCGCGGUCUCGUCUAUGAAAUUUCACUGUGGGGACAUUUUACCGUCUGGAAUUUCUUCAUUUUACAGAAAAUCUCGUCCGGUGACUUCUGCGUUUUGAAAAUGUUUUUCCAAAAUACGUGACACCUACGGCUUAAUUCAUUCAGGCCUUUGGAGGACCACAGAUAACUUGUAGCUUCAUUUAUUCUAACCUUCAGAGUACUACAAUUAUCUUUUGCGUUCCAAUUCGGGGCUUGAGUGUAAUGGUUUCGGAUAUGCCACUCCCCACUUGAAGCUUGAAUUAUUUUAACCUUAUGAGAGCCACAAAUUCUUUGAAACCCUAGUUAUCGUAGACUCUCGGGUGUCACAGAUGUGAUCGUUUCGAUUGCCUCUCGUUUUCGGAAAAUAAUGAAUAUAGUUAUGAUAGUAGUAAUAACAAAAACAAAAGCAUCAAUUUCGAAUCCUGGGUAACGUAAUCCACGCUUAAAACAAUCGUAGUUAUGCUCGGAGAAAUUGUGGAAAUUUUGGAAACUUUCCAGAUAAACGGACGAACGGAUAGACACUCACGGAGUUUGCUGUUAUAAUUAUGUUAUAUCGUUUCAAAGUUGCCAAUUUUGUAUCCACAAGAAGUUUUUAGCACGGGCAAUGAAUACGUGUAGGAAUUGAGGUGAACAAUUAUUAAAAAAGUACAUUCAAAAACAAUUGUUUUUUACGUGUUUGAAUACGUCUUUGCUAUCGCUAUGAGCUGCUGAUGCCCAAAAAACGUGUUCCCUAUCUAAAAUCAAAUGUUACUUAUAAGAUCUGUAAAAUGGCAGAAUCCUCAAGUAGACGCAUUAAGUUUAGUGAAAAACGUUUUUUACAUCUAUUUCCGUUUCUACGGAUAUUUACUUGAGACGGUUAAAAUCGACCACCCCGUGUAAUUCAUUCUGAAGAUGAUGUUUGUUCAGAUUAUGUACAAUGUAUCCAUUUAUUGAAAAAAGCCUUGCUGUAUUGGACAUGUUUUAAAAGAAUAUAAGAAUCCACACUUUUGGUGACUUUGUCCUAACAGAAUUUUUCUAACGCUUGGAACAGACUAAAUAAAUUCUAUGAUUUUCUAACUUCCUUUACUUUAGUGGGAAAAAUCUACUGCAUGACCGAAGCCUUUAUGUUAGUUAUACCAAUAUGAAUGUGAAUAAUAAACUACAACUGCUUUCGUCAA